AUGGCACAGGCUCGACUGACGAAAGCACCAUAUAGGCCCUCAGCACAGCACAACACAGCACAAACGUUUAGGUUCCACUUCGGCCAGUCGCUUGGCUUCCGGACUCGAGCUCCACCUCAGCGGGGCAAGGACGUCGGCGAGAGCACAGGACUUGCUUCGCCCUCGCCAAUUGGCUGCUGCUGCUGCUGCUGCUGCCGCUGCCGCUGCUGCUGCUGUCUCUGCCUCGCCUCGCCUCGCCUCGCCUCGCCCCGCCUCUCCCUUCCCGUAUCGUCUCGUUUCGUCUCGUUUCGCCGUAUCGGUACCGUCUUAGGGCGUCCGUGGUCCGUUGUCCGCCGUCCCAAACAGCUCGCUCGGUCUGUCCCCGGGCUAGACGUCUACGACAAGGAGGCUGGAGGCGAGGUUUCGCCUUUGUCGAUCGCCCAGUCCGAGCCGGCCCGGCCUAACCCACACCGGCUUAGCCUGGCUCGGCCCGGUCCGGCAUGGUCUAGCUUGGCCGACGUGGCCGCCUGA